CGCAUAGAGAGGCCUGUUAGGUUUGGGCAUGAAUUCCUUUCAGAUGUCGCUUUGGCUCUAUGUACGGCAUAGGGAUGUUCCCUUAGGUUUUUCGAAGAUAUGUGGGAUAAUUAUUUGGAGAAGAUUGAGCCAUGGCUGAGGGGGAGGUGGUGGACUAUGGGCACGAGUUUCCUGCUCAUUACAAGGUGAUGCUGGACAAGCUGAAUGAGCAGAGGCAACUGGACCAGUUCACUGACAUCACACUCAUUGUGGAUGGUCACCAAUUCAGAGCCCACAAAGCGGUGUUGGCGGCAUGCAGCCACUUCUUUCACAAGUUCUUCCAAGACUUCAAGCAGGAACCACUGGUCGAGAUUGAAGGAGUGAGUAACUCGGCUUUUCAACACCUGAUGGAGUUCACAUACACGGCCACGUUGUCGGUCAACGGCAGCGAGGAGGUCAACGAUGUGUGGAGGGCGGCCGAAUACCUCCAGAUGCAGGAGGCCAUCAAGGCCCUCAACAACAGAAUGAACAACAAUGCCACGCUGGUCACCACCCGGGUGCUGGCAUCGACCGGGUCAUCAGCCAAGGCCACUAGCAGCGGCAGCAAGGCCAAGAAGCGCAAGAUCGCCGAGACUUCCAACGUGAUCACGGAGUCGCUGCCCUCGGUGGUGGAGAGCGAGAAGGUGGAGAUCGAGGUGGAGAUGGGGGACGUGGUGGAGGCCAUGCUGGAGGAGGUGGAGCACUAUGCCCACUCGGGCGCGGCCCGCACUGGGGGUGCCCACGCCGGCGCCCGGGCCUCUUCGGACGACUCGGCCCUGGCUCUGCUGGCCGACAUCACCAGCAAGUACCGGCCAGGGGAAACAGGAGGUGUGGAGCGUUGCUCAGAUGUCCACGUGGAGGAGGAUGGUGAGGAGGAGCUGGUCCUACACGAGGAGACGGUCAUGGCACCCAAGGCCCUGGAGAGCAUCGAGGUGGUGGAGGUCCAGAUCUCCCAGCUGGAUAACCACCACGGCGGUGGCAACCAGAUGUUCCGCUGUGACAAGUGCGACCGCGUCUUCAAGAUCUUCUACCACCUGAAGCAGCACAUGAAGAGCCACGAGGCUGGAGUCGGUGUCGAUGGUAAGCCGUUUGUGUGUCGGCACUGCGGCAAGUCGUACGCGCGGGAGGGCGCGCUGAAGCAGCACGUGAACAGCUACCACUACGAGGCGGAGGCGGAGGAGCUGUCACGGAGGCACCGGCCGCAGAAGAAGGUUCACGUGUGCGAGUACUGCGACAAGCAGUUCGACCACUUUGGACACUUCAAGGAGCACCUCCGGAAGCACACGGGUGAGAAGCCAUUUGAAUGUCCAGACUGCCACGAACGCUUCGCCAGGAACAGCACGCUCAAAUGCCACAUGGCGGCCUGUCAGAACGGCGCCGGCGCCAAGAAAGGACGCAAGAAGCUAUACGAGUGUCAGGUGUGCAACAGCGUCUUCAACAGCUGGGACCAGUUCAAGGACCACCUGGUGAUCCACACGGGCGAGAAGCCCAACCACUGCACCUUCUGCGACCUGUGGUUCACACAGCCCCGCGACCUGCGCGCCCACCUGCGCGACCUCCACGGCAUCCAGGACGACUCCAUCACCAGCACCACCGCCGCCUCCACAAACGCCUCUGCCUCCAUCACCAACGCCGCCGGGGAGGAGGUGAUCCUCACAGAGGCCUCAGCGUUGGCCGAGGGGGCCGCCGCCGCCACCACCGCCGCCACGGAGUUAAUCCUGACCACAGAGGAUGGUAUUCGGGUGGAGCACGUGACUGUGGAGCCCAUGGACAUGGUGGCGGUAGAGGAGACUCUGGUGGUGGAGGCGGAAGCCGUGGUUGAGGAGGAGGAGGACAGUCACAUGUCGACCACGACCACCACAACAACGGCUGUGACGGAGGUGGUGGUGCAAGCGGCACCCACAACGCAGGCCUCCUGUCCUUCGGGGAUGCUAGAGUCCCUGAAGAAGGAGGAGGACUUGGAGGUGGAGGUGGACAGACUAAACGAGGAACACCAGCAAGACCAUCACCAGGAGGUGGAGAUCCAGGUUGGGGUUGCAGACGGGGAGGAAACACACGUGACUGUGACAGAGGAACACUUUCACUCUGAGGAGCAGGUGGAGACAGUGGUGGGGGUGGUGGAGGAUGCCGUGAUUCAGACGGUGCAAGUAUGAAAGCUCUCUCUCCAUCCGUCCCCAAUGGGGAUUUGGGUGGGGUGACAAUGUUCAGAGAGCUAUUAGGGAGCCUUAAGUCACAUCCCUCCAUGUGGCGUAAGAUCUGAAGAAGAAAAAAACAUGCAGCAGAUGGGAGCAAAGAAAAGAUCAGAUCAUCUCAAGUCAGAUCACCACGUCACCAUGUUAGAAAAGGUCUCUCCAUUGGCUUCCAAUGUAGAUAUUAACGCCUGAUACCCCAUUGACCACUCCUUUGAAUUGGCAAGAAUGGCUCAAGUCAAAUCACCACCAUGUCUAGCCGGUAUGACGCUGCCACUCAUAGAUAUAUAGACACUAGAUGGCAAUUUCAGCCUUUUGGCAUGGCCAGACUCUGGGCACCGCUGUGUGUGUGGCUAGUAUCAUGAUAUUUUUCAUAGAUGUUACCGCCACCUGCAGGAUAAUGUGGGUAUCGUCUUGUCACCAAUUGAUAGCAUUACGCCGCAUAAACAUGGUGCCGAUCUGACUUCAGUCAUUUGUUCCAAUACAAAGGAGUGGUCAACGCGGUAUCUAGUGGUCAUAUCUAUGGCUGCCAUCAAUUAGUGAGAAGGCGAUGUGUACAUUAUCCUGUAGGUGGCAGAAAAACAACAUCUAUGAGAAACAUGGCAUACCGGUGGACCAAGAUGGCUGCGCCCAGGGUUGGGCCACACCAGGAGGCUGGCUGAACACGGCAUCUAUUGUCUAUAUCUAUGGACUCCCAUUAGCCGUUUUGUUUUGCUUUUGGAUCCUAGGCCCCAUGGAGAGGUGUGACUCAGACUCCCUAUACAUGUUUCUCAAUGCUCCUUGUUUCCAUUUUGUUGUUCUUCGACAUGAAGAGACUGCUCCAAUAACAAAUGAAUGAUGAUGAUAAUGAUGAUGAUAUUUAUUUUAAAAAAUACAAAGGUCCUACUUCCACGUCUUCCCAUGUGUCUGCAUUUGUCAGGGCUUGUGAGGUCACGACACGAUGUCUAUGCUUGAAUGGCGUUCCGUUGUUUGUUUUUUAAGCAGGAAAUGCUGGCAGAAGGAUCACGUUUUUUUUUCCCAUGUGUUUGUUUAUUGUUCGCUUUCGUUUUUUACCCUUCCCCUUGCAUUUCAUACUAUACCUCCAACACCAGACUCCAAUCCCUUUACUUUAGCAAAUGACUAUGUAAUGGCAAUGAUGAAUCCAGUGGUUGACUAAAGAAAAGGAAACAGUUCCACAAUGAAAAAAGAUGCUUUAUUUUUGUAUGCUUCAUCUGAGUUCUGUGAACGCAGAACUGGGAUUCCGUUUACAGCAUUGUCACAUUUUACAGUUGCGUUUGUUCACAGGGUGGUGUCUGGUUAAAGAUUUCCGAAGAAAGCAUGCGCCAAAAAAAAAAAACUUGAUUGGCAGUGUUGAAUCUCAGCUUACGCGCUUGCACUAUGUGAACACACCUUACGCAGACCCCUUGAGACACAUGGGUUUGUCUCAUCAGCGAACGUCUUGUCUUUAGCCUACACAGACGGAGAAUGCACACUGAACCGUCUCGUGUUAACCCUUUCGUAAAAUGGAAAAAAGAGUCACAAUUUCAAUUCUCAUUUGGCACAGAACAUUACAGUAUUGCAUUGUCCAAUAAAUUUUGAAUUAAAAAAAGCAAGCACAUGAAAGUUGGUAAUAUUUUAUUGGCUCACAAUAAUAGGCCUAUGGUUGUACUAUGAUGAUGAACCAUUAGUGGUUGCACUGAACCUUGACCCACCACACUGUUGUGUCCAAAGAAGAAAGAUACUGGUAGUCAAGUGAUUUAUUCAAUUAAAGCUGUUCACACCA